GCGCGCUGUCGCUGUCCGGUGCCGGCCGGGGCAGUGCCGCGGGAAGCGCUGAUCCCCAGAUCGGAGUGGUUUGGCCCUCCCUGCUCCCCUUUUCACGAGCUGUGUAGUUCGCCGGGGUGACAUGCGUGGGCAGUUGCAGUGGACGUACAGCGCUUCUCCAUGCCCGGCACCUUGGCUCCAAAGCGGGGAUGCCCAUCUGGAUGCGCAUCGCAUCCUCCUUGAGUAAUUCUCUCGCUUAGCCCCGUUGUGGUGUGUGGUGGGAAUGUCCCUUUAUAUCUUUUAAAUCUACCACCAUUCCUCCAGGCACAGCAGAAUGUCACAUUGGAAAUUAAAAUACUUAGGGUGGUCUCUUGCCGAGAACACUUUCUCAUUAUUAGCAUCUAAGAUAAAGCAGAAACUUAAAGCUUAAUAAACAAUAAAAGUCUCCUGUAUUUCCUUACGUGGAACUGAAGUCAGUAAUUUUGCCAUCAGAGUCUGUUCACAACUUUCUCUUGACUAAAGGUACCACUUUUCUGGUUUAAAAAACCCACCCAACCUGAUAGUUCCUAUGAAGCAAAAACUUUCUGUUACUACUUGAAAACUGAGGGCAACACCAACCUUUUAAAACAUCUUCUUUUAUUCAUAUGAGCAUAAGGUUUUUACAGGCACAUCUGAGCUAGUAGAAAACUAGUGCACUCUUACUGGGUUUUGCAUAGGUGUUUAUUUCAUCUGUCAAUUUUCUGGACUGAAAUACUGAAUUUUCAUUAAUAAAACUGGAUUGGUUUUUGAUGUCAGAUUUUUCAAUAAUGAAGAGGAACAGAUUCAUCUCUGUAAUUUUGCUGUAUUAUUCUGAGCUGAAGCUCUUUCACGUCUCAGAGUAAUGAUCCCUACAUGUAGCUUAAUUAGAUGCCUACUAGUAAAACCCAAGAUUUCCCUCUAUGAUCCAAAAGAUGAGAAAUAAACAAGGCCCGAUAUUCUGGUUUUCAGCCACUGGAGUUUAUGCUCACUCACUGAGACGAAACAAAAACUUGGAAUUUAGUUCAGGAAAAUCCUUAGUGUGCAAUUAUUUUUUGUCGGCUCAAUUUCCUAAAUGGUUAUAAUUAGGUAGGAAAUUUUCCACUUCCCAUUGCAUACUGCAAAUUCUGUAUGCUCUGCUCAUUGUAGUAUGGGUUUGAUUUAUAUAAUUUAUUAGAGAUCAGUAAAAGUGGGUGUAUGGUGACCCUUGUGGCAUGUUUAGCACAGAAUCCCUGUAUUACAGAUGUAGAAUAUAGCAACUCCAUGAAUGUUGUGAAAUACUGUGAAGAGAGCAAGAAUUUAAUGUAGAAUCACUUUACAAAUAGAAGAUUGGAGAAGAGCAAACUAGGUUAUUUUCAGAAAAGUAUAGUAAUUGGAAGUUUAGGCUUUAUGAAUUUGUUUUGCUGUUUAUUGCUGCUGGCUGGACUAUGUCACUUUCCAGAAUGGUGAAUUCUGAGGAAGAAGCAGCUGUUGUGUUGAGCCACUUCUAACUGAGGACUGAAAAUGCGAGCAGUUGAAAGUGAGGCGAAGGCAAAAACCAAAGUCCGCUUUGAGGAAAUCUUCAGACACCAUGCUGCCCUAGUAGACACAAAGAAACCAAAGAAAAAGAAGUUUGACUCUCAAGAGAGUAUUGUGCUUGAUACCUUUAGAAAUAAUAUUGAUCUGUCUAAGGAAAGUGUGAAUGAUGAAGCAAUUAUAAACAACACAUAUAAUCCUGAAGAAAAGAGCCCAAGAUUUACAAAAAAUAAAUUAAGAGAGAAAGCGUCAAUUGCAAAGAAAAUAAACAAUGAUAUUGUUAGUGGAGAAGAGAACAAGCAGCCAAAGUCGAACAGAAAGAAAAAGAAAUCACUGUUACAAGAACAAUUUAAUGAGGAGGAAGAUUUAUAUGAAGCUAAAUUGGGGAGUUUUGAAGAAAAGACUAAUGAUUUUCCAAAGAAGAAAACAAAAAGUAAAUCACAAACAGAUGUACCUGAUCAAGAUGGUGAUAGAAUGAUCAAAAAUUCCUUGACUGAAGUAAGAAAUGUAACUGAAUUAGAAGAGGAAGAGCAGCUAAUUCAAGCCUAUCAGCUGCAUGUGGCUGAGGAAGAGGCAAAUGCAAUUAAAACAAAAAUGAGAAAGAAACUUAAAGAACAGAUGUCUGAAUCUACCUCCACUGUUCAAAGGCAUGAAGUUGCAUUGAAUAAUGAAGUGGGCAAAAAGAAGAAAAAGAAGAAAGAGCGAGCAGUUUUAAGUGAAGCUGAAACAAGUGCAAUGUCCCUUUCUGAGCUGCAGCAUCAUCAUCCAGAAGCAGGUGCCAAUGAAAGUCAGACACCUGAAAUAUUACUUAUGUCAGAAGGACAGAAACUGGAGGGAAGCGUGGAAAGGCAGAAACCUAAAGCCAAGAAGGUUAAGAAGAAAAGCAGAAAAGAAGAAACCACGGAAGUUGCUGCAGAAAAUGAUGAGGAAAUGAAGAAUUCAGAAAUUUCAACUCAGUCUACAUUUGGUUUUGGAGAUGAUCUUGUUUUGGGAGUUUAUAUCCAUCGAUCGGAUCAACUUAAAAUUGAUCACUUGGUAUCUCAUCCUGUGGUCAAAAUCCAUAUUGUUGAUCAGAGAAGUGGCUUAUAUGUGAAGAAGGAUUAUAGCAAGAAGGAAGAUUCAUCUUAUGAACAAGAAGUAGAGCACAUUCUUCCUAUAAUGACACAACCAUGUGACUUUCUAAAGUUUAAAUCAACAAUUCCAGAGUGGGAAGAGCAAGUAAUAUUUAAUGAGUGUUUUACUUAUUUUAUUCAAAACACUGAGGAAAACCCUCAGGUUAUCCUGUUUUUUGAGGUCCUUGAUUCUCCAGGUAUGCAUGAAGUGAGAGCCAGCUCUGAUGUAAGAAUUCAGGAAGGUCGUUACCGAAAAAUUUGUUGGGCAUUCCUAAAGCUUGUAGGUGCAAAUGGAGUUCUAAAUGUGGGUGGAAAACUUCGUCUGCAAUUAUAUUACCCACCUUCAAGGACCAAGUCACAUUCAAAUGUUGUUGAGGUUUAUGACUGGUGGGCAAAAUGUCCUAGAAAUCGUUACCCAUCAACUUUAUACGUAACUGUAAAAGGCCUAAAACUGCCAGAUCAUGUUGGUCCUUCUUUUCACUCUAUGGCAGCUGUUCAACAGGAACAAAGUAAUACAGCGCUGUCUGAGCUCCAGAGAGAAGGAUGUGAACCUUCUUUAGAGGAGAAAAAGGAGCCAUUUAAAUGGUCAAGAUUGCCUGGACAGGCUUGCCGCAUACCCAACAAGCACCUGUUUUCCCUGCGAGGUGGAGAUAUGGGCUGCUUUUGUAUCCGCUUCUCUCAUGACGGGAGAACGCUGGCAGCAGCAUGUGCAGGAAGGAGUGGCUAUCCCAUUGCUUUGUAUGAAAUUCCUUCUGGACAGUUCUUGAGAGAAUUUUAUGGUCACCUUAACAUAGUGUAUGAUCUUUGUUGGUCAAAAGACAAUCAAUACCUUCUUACUGCUUCCUCUGAUGGCACUGUCAGAAUGUGGAAAAUAGAAAUGAAGGCAGCAUCUGCAGUGAGAGUUUUCCCUCAUCCUUCAUUUGUCUACACUGCCAAGUACCACCCAGUUGCUGACUCGUUGGUUGUGACAGGAUGUUACGACUCAGUGAUUAGAAUCUGGAAUGCAAAUGUGAAAGAAAUCCAUGGGCAACUGCUACAGGAGCUUGAUGGCCAUAAAAGUUUCAUCAACACACUUUGUUUUGAUGCAGAAGGACACCACAUGUUCUCAGGAGAUAGUUCAGGACUGAUAAUAGUUUGGGAUACACCUGUCAAAGGAAGUUCUCCACACCUUUUUCAACACUGGAAGGUCAAUAAGGAAAUAAAAGAAAAUGAUAUUAAAGGAACACCAGUAAAUCAUUUGGAAGUGCAUCCGAAUGGAAGGCAUUUAUUAAUCCAUGCCAAAGACAGUACCCUGAGAAUUAUGGAUCUCAGAAUCUUGGCGGCAAAGAAAUAUGUAGGUGCCACAAAUUACAGAGAAAAGAUUCACAGCACCUUAACACCGUGUGGUACGUUCCUGUUUUCAGGAAGUGAAGAUGGAAAGGCUUAUGUUUGGAAUCCAGAAACAGGAGAUCAGGUGGCCAUAUAUUCUGAUCUCUCCUUCACAUCUCCACUUCGUGAUGUUGCCUUUCAUCCACAUGAACACAUGGUGUCUUUUUGUGCCUUUGGUCAAAAUCAUCCAAUACUUGUAUACAUUUAUGAUUAUAAAGUUGCUCAACAGGAAGCUGAACUCGUAAGAGAUCUCAGUUCAUCACUUACCACAGCUGCACCAAGAGGGCCACACUUCAUUAGCAGUUUUUCUGAAAUUCCUGUGCAAAAAAACUCAGUGAUGUCUCCAGCAGAUCAGUUUGUCAGUGCUGCAAGAGCCUCAAUGAGAAUGCAGAAGGUGAAACAAAAACUUGAUUCUGUUAUGGCAAACUCAAAUCUCUUGCUUCCUGCACCAUCAUCUCUGUCACCACACUCCAGGCUAAGACUGCCGGGUGCUCUGGGUAUUCCACUGAAUCCUCUGUAUUCUUUCACUGCUGAAAGUGGGUGCUUCAGCCCAGUAGGAAAUCCUCUUAGUCGAACACUAUUGGGUAGACUACAGAAGAAUGAUGACAGCCUGACUGCACUAGGAGUGGGAGGAGGAAACAGUUGUCCACCGGGGCAAGAGACAGUAGUGGCUCUUUAUGACUACACAGCGCAUCGAUCAGAUGAGCUAACCAUCCAUCGCAGUGACAUUAUCCAAGUGUUAUACAAAGAUAAUGAUAACUGGUGGUUUGGCAGCCUAGCAAAUGGACAGCAAGGCUAUUUUCCAGCUAAUUAUGUGGCUGGUGAAAAAGAAUAUGAAGAACAACCUUCAGGAUUAAUACCAGAUUCUGCUCCUCUCCUACCAGAAGGACCAAGAGAAGCAGAGGAAGGUUUUCUGACACUAGAUAAUUUGAGAAGGAAGGAUUCUAUGUCACCAGCCACCAGUAAGUCAGGGGACAUGAAAUUUAUCUCCAAACAUGACACAGAUAGAGACUCACCUGCAACAGAAGGUACAAAGAAAAAGAAGAAAAGGGUACAAAGGAACGAGGGAGAAAAUCAGCACAACUUAAUGAGCGUCGAUACUCCUCUGUCAUCAGUUACAACUAAUGGUGUUGAAAACGAACCUACAUCCCGUGGGGUGGAAUUGAAGAAGAAGAAGAAAAAGGCAGUGAGAGGCUCAAACUUAAGCGCAAGUGGAAGGACAAAUAUUGCCUUUGAGCUCGAGCGCCAUGACGCAGAGGCGUAAUUCGUUUCUGAAUACUGGGGCGACGUUCAUUACACGCGUUGAAGGCUGCAAUUAUGAUCUCCUAGGAUUAACAACAAACAAACAAAUUAAAAUACUUAAAUACUUAAAUAUGCAAAAUGGUACCAGUUGUGACUUAUCAAUAGUGCAAACCUGUUUUGGAUGACUUUUGCCCUGGCUUCCUGAAAUCAACAGAACUUGAAGGUUCAGCUCCUCACUGCACUGGAAAAGAACUGAAACUGUCAAAUACAAUGUUUCCUAAUUUGAUAUCUGAUUAAACUGUACUUAGGCAUUUGUGUAGGCUGUAGAUCAAUCCAUUGUGAGCAAAGAAUCAAGUGAAAAAGUGUGCUCUAGAGCAAAACAUGCCCAACCAUUAUGUAAGUUAUUAAAGUAGCAUUUUAAAGUGUGCUGUAAGUUAAAUAGAAGAGUGUUCAGAAUGGUAAAAUACCAAAGGAGUGCUGACAUUAAGAUGUACCUGAAAACAGAAGCUUUCAAAAAAUAUUUUCCUGACGUCAAAUAUGUGUUUGGACUGCAUUUUGCAGCUCUGAAGGGAGUUGUGGGGUAACUACCUAUGCAACUACACUGUCUUCAGUAGGACUACUUGUUCUUAUCAAAAUAAAUUAGGGUUGCAAAUUCCAGUUGUAUUUUUCAAAUGAGGUGUGCUGCACAUAGUAAAGAUUCAUUGCAGUUUUGUCAGAGUUCCUGGCUGUUUUGGCAGCUGUCUUGCCAAAUAUACUUUCUUUUGUCUGAAUGAAAUAUGUCAUAUCCAACUAUGCUGUUUGUUUUACUUGUAGUCCUUAUUCACUUGUAAGCAUCAUUACUCUUAUUUUUUUACUGGAGUAUUAUUUUGUGAAAUUUACUAAUGACUUCACUAAUUAUCUACAGUGUUAAAUAAUUUAUAUUUUAUAUUAAACAAAACACUUUCUAUCA